CUGAUUUAGGUCAUGUUGCCUGACUCAAUGUCAAUUUUGUAUGAUGACGAAACCGUUAUUCGCCUUGUAAUUUAGUCUUUGACGUGGUUCUGUUUAGAGACCAUUCACUGGUGUGAUUUCGACUGAACAGAACACGAUUGAUAAAGAGACUGAAAAUCUACUUUUAUGAACACUUGGAGGAAAAGAGUACAGAAAGUUGUCUUGUCAAAGCGAAUUGGGUCUUCACAACGAUUCGAUUGAUCAAACACUUGUCUUGGAGAAAUGUCUCAGCCAGCAAGCCACCUUCCUCUUGUGCUUUGUUGCGUACUUCUGUUGAUGUGUACGCUCCCAAGUGGGUCAAGUGGAAAUAAACUCCUAAAGAUGAUUCAGAAAAGACAUGCUCAAGAGAAAUCACCAGUUGCUGUUUCUGAAUCAAAAGCUCAUGAGUUUUUGAACAAUUUGAAGCGUUCAAAACGGCACAUUUGGGAUAGAUCUCGUGAUGAUGUUCAGCAAUGGUAUCAACAGUUCAUUGACAUGGGAUUUUCUGAAGCUAAAUUUGAAGAAGCUGUUGUAUAUUGGAGGUAUGUAUACCAAGGGGGCAUGCACGACGAAUACUAUCGCUACUACAACCACCACCACUAUGAUGAGAAUCUCCAAAUGGCCCCUAUUUUCCCCAAUCUAUGCGUCACGGGGCUGAUGUUAAUUAUGACGAUUACUAAAGCAACAACAUAUAAUCCACAAAUAUUACAAUGUUUAACCUUUCAUAUGUUGAUAUAGUAUUGUGUAAUCUUUUUCUUGAAUAUUAUUGACUCAAGGCUGGAAUUAUAUCUUGCAUUUGAUUUGCCAACAAUUACAAAUGUAAAUUGUUUCCAGCAUCUUUGGACUUUAUCUCUGUUUUAUUCUGCUGAACUCCAGCACAUGUUAAUCAACUUAAUUUCUUAUGCUGAAAAUUUAUGUUUGUACUUUUACAUGACUAUUGGGGCAAAAGUUGCCAAAGCCUGUAUCCUAUGUUGGAAUAAUUCCUUUCCUUCAUGCUUUCUGAAUUAAACAUCAUCAAACCUGUGA